AUGACCAAGAACAUCGGCCUUAUCCGCCGAGGCACCGGCCGUGCCAUCUUUGAGGAGAUCCCAACACCACAGAUCCGCCCGGAUGAAAUCCUCGUCGACGCACCCGGCGACGACGGCACUCUGGUAGGUUGUGACUACGCCGGCUACGUCCUCGAAGUCGGCAAAGCCGUAAAGCGAGAGUUCAAGAAAGGCGAUCGGAUCUGCGGCUUCAGUCAUGGAGGUACGGAAUCCGCACGACACGUCCAGCUCACGCCGCUAGCAACUCACUCACAUCUGAAUACAGGAAACGACGCCCGGCCCGAAACCGGCGCCUUCGCCCGCCAAAUCGUCGUCAAAGGCGACAUCCAGUUCCACAUCCCCGACCACAUCACCUUCGAAGCGGCCUGCACCGUCGGCUGCGGCCUCAUGACGGCCACGCUGGCGCUGCACAAAUUCCUCGACCUGCCCUUCCCUGCAAGUACGACGAACGCCUCAGGCGCAGCGAUCAAUGGCUCCAGAGAGCACCCGACAGUACUGAUCUACGGCGGCAGCACAGCAACAGGGACCCUUGCGAUUCAACUCGCGAAACUCUCCGGUGCGAAUGUCCUGACCACUGCCUCGCCCAAGAACAUGCAGUUCGUGGAAAGUCUCGGCGCGGACCGCGUCUUCGACCACACCUCCUGCAACAUCGCCUCCCAAAUCCGCGAGGCAACAAAUGACCAGCUGGCUCUGGUCUUCGAUUGCGUGUCUAUAGACAGCACAGCCACAAUCUGCGCUGAAGCGAUCGGCUCGAAUGUCACUGUGGCGAAAUACGUCAACCUCCUCGACGUACCCUGUCCCCGAGCAGACGUUGACUCAAUUUUCUUCCUCGCGUAUGGCGCGAGCGGGGAAGCGUAUAUCUUCGAAGGGGAGCACUACCCCGCCGAACCGUCGUAUCACGAACAUGUCCGAGCUUUUGCCCCGAUCGCAGAGAAGUUGUGGGCAGAGGGGAAGUUGAGGGAACAUCCGCAGCGGUUGGAGGGUGGCGGGCUGCAGGGCGCGAUUGAGGGGAUGAGGGUGAUGAAGGAGGGGAGGUAUAGUGGGGAGAAGCUGGUUUAUCGAAUGGAGGACACGGUUGAGGUGUAG